CUUAAAAAGAAACUCUUACCCCACUCGAAUUUUUGCCCCACUUUACUCUACUUAUAAAUUUGGAGCGCCAAGUCAAACAAAGCGAAGAAAAUAAGAAUUCAGUAAAAAUCUAGUGAACCCACUGCAAAUGGUCAAAGUACGCGAAAAAGUUUAAAUUUUAUCGAUUAUUUUUUUGAUUUAUCAUAGCAUUGGACUUAAGCCUAGGUCAGUAUUGGAAAACAAUUAAAUUGAAAUGUGCGUUCCUAGUAACGCAAACGAUGAAAAUUUUGCGCCGUCCGAAAAGCAGCUCCAAGAAACGCAAAGCCUUUGCCACUUCAAACGAAUGUGAAAUGAACAGAAAAUAUAAAUACAACACACCAUAGUUAAGCAAUCACCAUUUCACUUUUGACUGUUGUAACCAUCGCAAGCACCUAUAUUCAAAAACCCACCGAACCAACAUCGGAACGCAAUGAAGUGCAUGCUCGUACUGCUCGUAUUUGCAGUCGGUUGGAAUUCCGGAGACGCUGGAAAAUCAGUUUCGCAGAAAAAGCGAGAACUUCCUUCUGGGACUAGCGAAACGGUCGAGUCGUCCCACAUCUUUGAUACCCAAUCUCCGGAAGUCAACCACUGGGGCAACAAACAGUUCAAGGAGGUUACCAUCACCAAAAACGUCCCGGUGCCGUUUCCUGUUAAAGUCGAAAAGCACGUGGCCGUCCCGGUGAAGAUUCCGUUCCCGGUAGCAAUCCAGAACAAAAUUCCGAUCGUGGUGGAGCGAAAGGUUCCCAUUUAUGUCGAGAAGCCAGUGCCAGUGCAAGUGGAUCGGCCAGUGCCUUACCCGCUGCCGAUUGAAGUGCCAGUUUUUCACAGGGUCGCCGUAGAAGUGCCCAAACCUUACCCGGUUCAUGUGCCAGCGCCCUAUCCAGUGUACAUUCAGAAACCUCUGUUCGUUGAACAGUCGAAGAAGUCCAAACGCGUCAAAAAGAAUACAGUGAAAGUGUAUAGGUACAAAUAAACUCUUUGACAGAAUUUUCAAGUCAUGUGCAAUUUAAUGAAUUAGUGUAGAUAUUUAUUUGAUACUUAGGAUACAAAUUUAAUAUGAAGAACUACGCGUCAUUUUAAUUAUUUUCAAAGUGCUAGUAUUAAAAAAGAAUUCGACGCUAAGCAGUCUGGUUUAUUUUGAAUGCAUCUCGUGUACUGAAUAUUAUAAUAUAGUGCUAAUAUAAAAACAUGCUUUACGCGAACGGAAAUCCAGUUUAAAUUACGUGUUGAUUUAUUAAAGGAGUAAUAAUAAUCAUCGUACGUUGAAAAACCUUGGAUCUCAGACAAGCUUGCCGUAGUAUGCCGUCUUCGACUAUUUUUCUAAGACUGAUUUUACUUUUCUAAAGUGAGCCAAUUGAAUUUAAGUUUUAAGAAAUAAAACCAAGCUCUUAUACUAGA